AAAGUGGGUAAUGCAAUGCCCCAUUUAAGUUCUCCCAGUCUCUCUGAUUUGAUUCAUUCAGGUCUUUACACACACCCUAUACUCUUCUUGUUUAAGCUCCCAAGUAUGUCAAAAACGAGUUGUGAGGGGUCAGCUAUGCUCCAUCAUGAACGGGCAAGGCGCGCUCCAACGCCUGGGAAGGCAGCCAUCCUUGCAAUAGGCAAGGCAUUUCCUAGCCAACUCGUUCCUCAAGAAUGCUUGGUGGAGGGCUACAUUCGUGAUACAAAAUGCGUUGAUGCAACUGUGAAGGAAAAGUUGGAGCGUUUAUGCAAAACGACCACUGUGAAGACGAGAUACACUGUCAUGUGCAAAGAGAUCUUGGAUAAGUAUCCCGAGCUUGUAACAGAGGGCUCACCCACCAUUCGACAGAGGUUGGAAAUUGCUAACCCUGCAGUUGUUGAGAUGGCCACUGAAGCUAGCAAAGCCUGCAUUAAGGAAUGGGGGAGGCCUGUGGAAGAUAUCACCCACAUUGUGUAUGUUUCUUCUAGUGAAAUCCGCUUGCCCGGUGGGGAUCUUUACAUUGCCAGUCGGCUUGGUUUGAAGAACGACGUUGGUCGGGUGAUGCUGUAUUUUCUAGGCUGUUAUGGUGGUGUCACUGGCCUCAGGGUUGCCAAAGACCUAGCAGAAAACAACCCAGGAAGCCGCAUUUUGUUGACGACGUCCGAGACUACAAUACUCGGAUUUCGUCCCCCAAACAAUGCACGCCCAUAUGACCUCGUUGGGGCGGCACUUUUUGGAGAUGGAGCUGCAGCUGUGAUCAUUGGAGCAGACCCUGUGGCGGGGCAAGAGUCUCCUUUCAUGGAGCUGAACUAUGCCAUCCAGCAAUUCUUGCCAGACACCCACUAUGUGAUCGAUGGCAGGCUUUCUGAGGAGGGUAUAAAUUUCAAACUUGGCAGAGACCUUCCACAGAGAAUAGACGACAACAUAGAGGGCUUCUGCAGAAAGCUGAUGGGAAAGGGAAAGCUGGUGGAUUUUAACGAGUUGUUCUGGGCAGUCCAUCCUGGUGGCCCAGCAAUUCUGAAUAAACUAGAGAGAACUCUGAGGUUGAAAAGCGAGAAGCUGGAAUGCAGCAGAAAGGCAUUGAUGGAGUAUGGGAAUGUUAGCAGCAACACCAUCUUCUAUGUGAUUGAGAAGAUGAGGGAGAAGCUGAAGAGGGAGGACGGGGAAGAAUGGGGACUGGCGUUGGCAUUUGGACCGGGCAUUACCUUCGAAGGCAUUCUCAUUCGUAGCCUCUGAUGGCUGUGUAGCCCCCCGCCGCGCCGGAUGCUUUGUGAUCUGGAGAAACCCACGGAAAACAAAAAAUGUGCUUCUUUUUAACUUUACUGUAACUGAAAACGAGUUUAGCUUUGGAUUAAAAGACGUUCAUUCUGAAUUUGAAAACUAUGUUGGAUCGUGAAUGAUGAAGCUAAGUGCAAAUUUUAAUUCA